AUGGCCUGUUGUGCUACUAGCUUCUGUGGCUUUCCCACUUGCUCUACUGGUGGUACCUGUGGCUCCAGCUGCUGCCAGCCGAGCUGCUGCGAGGCUGGCUAUGGCUAUGGCAUCGGGGGUGGCAUUGGCUGUGGCCAGGAGGGUGGCUAUGGAGGCGUGAGCUGCCGCGUUAGAUGGUGCCGCCCAGACUGCCGCGUGGAAGGCACCUGCCUGCCCCCCUGCUGUGUGGUGAGCUGCAUACCCCCAACCUGCUGCCAGCUGCACCAUGCCCAGGCCUCCUGCUGCCGCCCAUCCUACUGUGGACAGUCCUGCUGCCGUCCAGCCUGCUGCUGCUACUGCUGCCAGCCCACCUGCUAA